AUGACAACGUUAGAACAUGCAUUUAAUGCCAAAGAUAUGAACUCACUUGUUAUCAAAAUUAUUCGGGGUCAGCCACCGCAAACAUCAAAAAAAUAUAGUGCACAACUGGCUACAAUUAUCAAGGCGAUGUUGAGCAAGGAUCCCGAUGAUCGACCGACAGCUAAAAAAUUACUGCAAAAUACCUAUAUUAAGCAACAUAUUGUACAACUAUUAGAAAAAACAAAGAUCAGAUGUCAGAAUCAAAACCAAGCAUCUCAUCCGGUGAUUGUUAAUUCGAGCAGUUCAUCCAGUCGACCAACAUCGGCAAUAUCUUCGUCAUCACCUCCACGAUCUCGUGUAAAUUCUUCCAAUGAACGUUUAUCUAUUCCACCAUUGCCUGUGACCUCCAAUUCACCAUCUUCAAAAAAUCGUCAAAAUGGAAACUCAGUUAAUAUUCUUCCAUCUCCUCCAUCACAAAUUCAAACACCACGAGUAUCAUCUGCGAAAUCAAUUGAUGAUGCUUCUGGUUUACCACCGUCCUCGUCAAAUGACGUGAGAAAACUUAGUGAAGCGAGAACACGUCGUACUCAACAAAGAAAUGCACCUAACAACAUACCCGUAUCACAACAACAAGUCGAUGAUGAAGUUGAUAGAAGGUUUAUAGAGAAAGUAAGACAAAAUGAUACAUUAAAUCGCCGUCGACGAGAUCAUACUCAAUUGAAUGAUCAUAUUAAACAAGAAAAAAUACAGAAUCAUUUGCGCAAUUCAGAACAAUUACAUAGUGAUAGAUCUCAAGAAUCAGAUCCCGAAUAUGCACCAGUGAUACAUGAUCAAAUACUUCAUAAAUCUUCCUCGUCAUCAACAUCAUCUGGAAAAGCAUAUAACGAUAAUGGAUACCGGCGGCAAAGUGAAGCCGGUCACUAUAUGAGCAAUGGAGAAGAGAAUAAUCGUUUCUCGUACAACAUUGACGAUUCAAUAUCACAAAUGGAUAGUUCAUUUGAUUCUAAUCAAAAAGAUUUAAUUUUUUAUUGUUUUCUCAAGGGUACUCGUCCGAAUAAAAAUGCUCGUAUGCGACGUCGUAAAAAACUCCAUGGUUCCAGUGACGUUCAUUCUAGUCAUAGUGCAAGUUCUUCACCUAUUGCUGGUUUAUUAUCGAAUGAUAAUGAGCCUAUUGAUAAUAAUCAUAAUGAUGAUGUUAAUUUUUAUUUGGACAAUGAUCGACAUCGUUCAUAUCCUGCAACGUCGAUGGAUGCCUAUAUCGAUCAAAAAAAUCAUUAUUCACCUUCAAAAUCGGAAAAAUUCAUGCAUCAUAGUGCCGAUAUUAGUUCAAAUUCUGUUGCAACGAGAAAUUCACAUACGAAUGAAAAACAUUAUUCAAAAUCUGGUCCACUGAAAGUAUUCGAAAAUAAUAGUGAAGACAAUAAACCGUUGAGUAGGUCAACAUCAAAAGAAAGUGUAAAUACUGAAGUAGAAAAAAAGAAAGAAGGAGAGAAAGAUAUGAAUGAUUUAUUGUUCAUGUUGACAAGCACACUUAAGCUACCAGCAUCUGUUAGUGGGAUCAAUCGUUCAGAAUCAAUCGACGAUAAUGAAUUAACACAUAGCAGUUCAACGAGUGAUAGAACCAUCGUCGACGAGGACGAAAGAGAAGUAAAAUAUUCCUCUGUCACAAAACGAUCAUCUCUUCUACCUCCUGAUGAGAUAUUACAGGCUGAUCGAACGAUAAAUCCGUUAGGUGGAACGAGUAAAGUCUCUCAAAGAUAUAAUUCAUUAAGACAGGAUUGUUUAAGAGAAAUAAGUUCAUCCAGACUUCGUCGAGCACUUGAUAUUAUAGAUCGUGUUGCAGAAGCUGAACUAACGGAAGAAAUGAUAAAUAUUCUUGGUAAUGAGCUGUACAAUAAAUAUUCUGCACGAAUAUUUACAUUGAAAUUUUAUGAAGACACUUUACAUUGCCAUUAA